GUGAAGGACGGCGAGGAAGCAAGCGUUCAAGGUUCAAGUCGGUCCUACCUCAACUCCGACAGAGCAAAAGCGAGCAGUAAAUUAAGCGACCCCUUGUCGGAUUCAGUUAACUUUGUCUACAAGUUUUACCACAGAAAGGUUGGACGACACCAGACAUUAUUUAUCAGCAUGGCAGAGGCACAAAGAAAUGAGGUGCCUGAAGACGUUGGUUCUGACGACUGCCUGACUUCUUACACCCACAUCUACGCUCCAGAUUUACUAAAAAACCAGGUUGCUUUCAUCACAGGAGGCGGAUCUGGUAUUGGACUCCGAAUAGCUGAGAUCUUCAUGAGGCAUGGCUGUGACACAGUGAUUGCCAGCAGAAACUUGGACAAGCUUAAAGAGGCAGCGAAAGCGCUGUCUGCCGUGUCUGGCCGGCGCUGCCUUCCCAUGUGCAUCGAUGUGAGGCAGCCUGACACCAUCGUAGCUGCUGUGGAGGAUACACUGAAAGAGUUUGGCCGUAUAGACAUCCUUAUCAACAAUGCUGCUGGAAACUUCCUUUGCCCUGCUUCCUCUCUGUCCUUCAAUGCUUUCAAGACAGUUCUGGAGAUAGACACCAUGGGUACAUUCAACACAAGCAAGGUGGUUUAUGAGAAGUGGUUCAAGGAACACGGUGGGAACAUAGUCAACAUCUCUGCAACGCUUGCAUACAGAGGGCAGGCUCUUCAGGUGCAUGCAGGCUCUGCAAAAGCAGCCAAUGAUGCCAUGACAAAGCACCUGGCUGUGGAGUGGGGGCCCAAUGGGGUGAGAGUUAAUGCUGUGGCUCCUGGUCCAAUCUCCGGUACAGAGGGCUUCCGUAGACUGGGUGGUUCUAGUGUAGAGGCUCUUGCUUCCUUCCACUCCAUUCCUUUGCAGCGAGCCGGCAACAAGACGGAGAUGGCCCACUGCACUCUAUUCCUGGCCAGCAGAGCAUCGUCCUACAUGACAGGAGCCAUCCUGGUGGCGGAUGGCGGAGCGUGGCUGACCUCACCCAAUGACUUCUCAACGCUGUUGGGUAUAGUGUCCUCUAAAUCUGCUAAGCUCUGAACAGGGGCUCUCCUGUCCUCUUCCUGACCCAGGUUAUUGGUCAUCUGAAAAGAAAAGGGACAAAUGAACAAGAAAAUUAGGUGCCUAUCUUUGGGCUUCCUCCUCUUGGAGAAUUGUAUUGGUUGAUGUCUGUAAUGUAGAACACUAACAUAGUGUACUUACUGUAUGAUAUCUGUUGAAUUAUUAGAUCAGAUGAACUAAUAAUUCAGAUUUUUUUCCCUCCCUUUCCAGUGAUUAGUAUUAUCAAGGAUUUUAUAUAAUGUCAAGUUUAAUAAUUGAGAUCUUUGUCUUUAUUUAAAUAAUAAAACUUUU